UUACCCGUUUGUUUGUUUGAUUUUGAAGGGCAAAGCAGUUCAGUUGAUAUCAUGUUGAAAAUCUUCAAGAAGAAAGAAUCUCCCAAAGAUGCUUUGCGGUCGAGCAAAAGAGAAAUGGCGGUUGCAACUCGUGGCGUCGAACGGGAGAUUGCCUCUCUUCAACUGGAGGAAAAGAAAUUGGUGGCAGAGAUCAAGAAGACCGCCAAAACCGGAAACGAGGCUGCUACUCGAAUUUUAGCUCGCCAACUUGUACGGUUGCGUCAACAGAUAACUAAUUUGCAAGGGAGUCGUGCCCAAAUCAGAGGCGUCACAACUCAUACGCAGGCACUGUAUGCCAGUACCUCAAUAUCUACCGGAAUGAAAGGAGCAACUAAGGCAAUGGUGGCAAUGAACAAGCAAAUGGCUCCUGCGAAGCAAGCGAAAGUAAUUAAAGAAUUUCAAAAGCAGUCGGCACAAAUGGAUAUGACGAUAGAGAUGAUGUCGGAAGCUAUUGACGAAACUUUAGAUAAAGACGAGGCCGAAGAGGAAACAGAGGAGCUCACCAAUCAGGUGCUCGAUGAGAUCGGUGUGGAUAUUGCUUCUCAGCUGUCUUCAGCUCCAAAGGGUCGGAUUGCAUCAAAUAAUGUUAACGCCAGGGUCGAACCAACUGAUGUUGAUGAUCUCGAGAAGAGAUUGGCCAGUUUACGACGAUUCACGUUUCAUUCGAGGAACUUUGACUGUCAAUUAAAUUGCUUCUCGAUCGGUUCUUUGUUGAAGGAGGGGAAAUCGGAUAUGCAGAACCAACUUGUUUGCAGCGGGUGUAGGAGCAUUCUUCUAUAUCCCAGAGGAGCUACAAAUGUUUGCUGUGCAAUAUGCAAUACGGUUACACAAGUUCCUCCCCCUGGAAUGGAAACGACUCAACUCAUAUGUGGAGGCUGUCGAACAUUGCUAAUGUAUGCACGUGGAGGAACAAGUGUAAGAUGUUCUUGCUGUCACACCAUUAACCUUGCACCAGCAUCAAACCAGAUUGCUCACAUCAAUUGCGGGCACUGCCGGACAACAUUAAUGUAUCCAUCUGGAGCUCCAUCUGUCAAAUGUGCCGUCUGUCAAUAUGUUACCAAUGUUGGGAUGGGCAAUGCGAGGGUUCCAUUUUCCGGUAACCGACCUAAUCAAAUAGCUUCCACUGGGACUAUGCCAUCUACUUCAUCUAGCCAAACAGUUGUGGUUGAGAAUCCCAUGUCAGUCGACGAGAGUGGAAAAUUGGUGAGCAACAUUGUGGUUGGCGUGACAACGGAAAGAAAAUGAUUUGAUGAGAAUUUUGAGUUCGAUUACCCCAUUUAUUUGAGUUGAAUGCCAACAAACGUGUUUUGAGCCUGGAAUCUAGUUGUGAAUAAUGUAGUAGUAUACGUAUAGAUGUUGAAAAUGGAAGGGCAGUUAACAUUUAAUUUAGUCAAGUAUGAGGUAGGGAAAAUGUGUAUUGUAUAUUUUGUGCACGAGGAGAUGGUGAUGUUGAAAAACUGGAUCGGAAUUCGGCCAUCCUGUGGGGUUUGGUCAUCCAUGGGAGUGUCAUUUAACACUGGAUUUUGGAAAGUGAAGACGUGUGUUGUAUUGCA